CCUUUCUCUCUUACAAAACUUGUGGCCAUCGACUCCGCUCCCUUCUUUGAGUGCUAAUUUGACAAAAAAAUCCAUACCCUUUUCUUUUUUUCAUCCUCUUCAUUGGCUACCAUGUGCUGUUUUUCACAUUUAUUAUUGUUUAUGUUAACCCAAUUGUCUUCUCGAAUCUCCUUUUACCCUCUCAGGCCCCGCUAAUCCUACCCCAUUUCUCAAUUUUCUCUGUUUCUAUUUCUAUUUCAAUCCACACCCUCUUUUUUUUUUUUUCCUCCUUUCAAUUCCUUUCUCUCUCUUUCUAGUCAUUUCAUUCCCCAUCAUCGUUUUCGUUGUCAAACGUCAAAAACCCAUCUGUAAUGGAGCUUUAAAUUCGUCUAGGAAAGCCUCAGGAACUUGUCGUUGUUGUUGUUAUUGGUUUGUGAAUUUUGGGUGUUUGUGUUUUCGUCGAGGGGUUUUGGUUUAUUUGGGGCAAAUUCUUUUUUGGGCUUUGUUUUGUUUUUGGGGAUAUGAAGGCGUUGUUUUUGUUGUUGUUGAUGUUGUGCGGUUGUUGAUUUUGUUGGGGGGAGGAAAUGAGAGUGGGGAGCUUCAAUUAUGAGAACACUUUGUGACGCUUGUGAAAGCGCUGCCGCUAUCGUCUUUUGUGCUGCUGACGAGGCUGCUCUUUGCCGCUCUUGUGACGAGAAGGUCCAUAUGUGCAAUAAACUCGCAAGUCGACAUGUAAGAGUUGGCCUUGCAAGUCCCAGUGAUGUUCCCCGUUGUGAUAUAUGCGAGAAUGCACCUGCUUUCUUUUACUGUGAGAUAGAUGGAAGUUCCCUUUGUUUGCAAUGUGACAUGAUCGUUCAUGUUGGAGGGAAAAGGACACAUAAGAGAUACCUUUUGCUACGGCAGAGGGUCGAGUUUCCAGGAGAUAAACCUAUAAAUCUUGAUGAUCCGUCUCCACAUUCCAAGGUUCCCAAUGAUAUUGGUAAAGUACAUAAUCAGCCACCGCCGCAUAAAGUGACAGCAGAAGACAAUCAGCAAAAUCAUCACCGACUAUCACCUGUUCGAGAGGCUAACGAUGAUGGUCAUGCCGAGACCGAUACAAACAUGGUCGAUUUGAAUAUGAAGCCUCAAAGGGUCCAUGGUCAGGCUGCUAAUAAUCAGGAUCUAUGAUCAUGAACAACAAGGCAUGGAUUUCGAUAACACAUCGAUGCCAUCGCAUUCAUCAAUCUUCCCCUUGCAUCUGAUUCAACAAAGCAGAACUUGUCACGGUUGCUCGUAGUGGAAACCUACAUUGUUUGUUUCAGUCGAGGGGGGCCGUACACAUGGGGUGUCGAGCUUGUUUAGUAUUGUAGAGAAGUGGUUGGAUAGAUUUGAAAGCAAAAAAGAUAAGAUAAAAGCAGUGCAUUUUAGUGAAAUUGCAGAUGCUGUACUAUUACAACUUUAGAGACAGACCCAGCCAGCAGUUGGUUGGGAGGGCAAGUUGGUGUUAGGAUACCCCUUCUUUUGUAUUUGGUUGGAAAAAAGCGGCUGCUGCUUUCAUUUUACUUCUGUAGUUCAGGUGAGAACUAAAAUGGAUAGAGGAAGCUUCCCAUUAUUUACUGCGGUUGUCUUGUUUAAUUUA